AUGACUCCUCUCUCUUUCACCACGGCCCUCGUCCUAGACCAUGGCGUUAAGACGGAAUGCAUCCCGUCCUUCGGCGUUGUCGCCACCGCUGGUGACACGUCCGUGCUUGGGAUUACCUAUUCUGAAACAGAACCCGCGCUGGGCGCUACACACUGCCAUGGACACCUACCGCGUCAAUGCCUACAACAUCUCGGCGCCCGGAAAGGUCCAAACCGCCUGAUCCUGAGAGGCUUCCGCUACCAGAAGCUCAAUCUCUCCUCCGCCGGCGAAAUUACCCUGCUCAAUGUCGGCGUCAUCUCGACCGUGCACAGCACGUUCCUGACGGAACUGCCCGGGUCCUUCGCCGACUCCGAUAGCUCGCUCAACAAGGUCUGGAGUGCUGGUGCCAGGACACUCCAGCACAGCGAGAUCCCCAAAAACUCGGCACACGAGUUCUGGCAGGUUACGAACAAUGCACCCGCUGACCGACAAGGGCUGCUUCGACGGCGUCCUCGUCGACACGAACCAACUGGGCAUGUAGGGAGAUCCGACCGCCGCGACCGCAUUGCAUAUACCGGGAACCUCGAUAUCGCCGGUGCUGCUGCCCUCGCGAGCACGGAUGGGCUCGACUUCAUUCUCGGCACACUCGAACUCUUCGGGCCCCUUCAGGCAAGGCCCGGGUUCUUUAAUCCCACGGUCAAGAUCCAGCAGGGGCCCUCGGCACCAAUGAACUUCAACAAGACCGGGCUCAUCCGCUGCUCGUGGAAUCUGCUGACCGCGCUCGCCAUGACCUACAACCACACGGGCGACGUUGCCUUUGCCAGGACCUGGGCGCCCAAGGUGCAGGCCAUGCUCGACUGGACGCACUACCAGGUGCUCCCUAGCCGCGGCCUCUUCAGCCUGUCCGAGCCCUCUUUCGGCAGCGACUGGAACUACUACGACCCCGUGCGGUCGGGCGUCGUGAGAUAUUUCAAUGUUGCCUAUGCGUACGCCCUGCAGGAGACCGCGCGCCUCGUCGGCGAAGGCGGCAUCGCCAACGCGGCCGCCUACCAGGACUACCUCGCUGCACUCCGCACUGCCCAUCGUCACGCAGCUCUGGAGCGACGAGCUCAGCGCGCCGGCUUCGCGCAGGAUGCCAACGCCGUCGCGGAUCUGACCAAAAACUGCGACGAAACAUGUAUGGACUUGUGCCCCUUCCACACCGUGCCCUUCAGCGUCGGCAACACGGGCACCGUAAAGUCCGACUUUGUACGCUGA